GACGGCCUCACUGGCUCUGCUUGGGGAGACUGGGCAAAUUACACAGACUCGCCUCUUCGUGCUUUCGAGGAAGAGCUUGGAGUCCAGGCGCCUGUCGGCUUUUGGGACCCAGUUGGCUACACCCGCGAUGGCAGCGUGGAAACCUUUAAGCGACGCCGCGAGACGGAGAUCAAGCACGGGCGAGUGGCAAUGUACGCUGCCUCAGCACUAGUUGCCUCAACCUUGCCUGCAGCUCGCUCCUUUAGCAUGAGUGAGCCUCUUGAAACUUUGUGGACCGCAGGUUCAGACAAGGACCACAUCAGACCUGCCGAGACGGCAAAAGCAGAUGGCCGCAUUCGCUGCCAUUGGGACGGCGACCCAGCUACGUACCCGGACUUCAUGCGACGGGUGAGGUUAUCGUUUGAGCGCACACCGCGCAAAAAACGCCACCUCCUUGGUCCAGAGGUCGUGGCCUCCUUGAGCGGCCGUGCCUGGAUCAUUACUCAGGAUCUGGAUCAUCGGUUGUUGGUGCGGAGGCACCAUUACCGGCAGCUUCAAGUUGCCCUUGGCAGGGUGCGGAAGGACCAAGAGAAGAAGGAGGACACUCCUACGAACUCUCCGGCGACAUCUCGUCCGGCCCGAUCCUCGCCUCCUUCUACGAGCUCUCCAAGGCGUGCGAGCAGAGAGACUCAGGAGGAACCUCAGGGCGAAGAUGACGCUGAUGAAGGUGAGACAGUAGGGCCUCCUGAGGAUGAUCGUGAAGAACUCUUGGCGGAUGGAGACAGGGAGAAUGCUUCUCCCUCCUGGCGGCGACCUCGCCGCAAAGGGCGUGACACAGAGUCAGACUCAGACGACUCUACCCGUGCCCUUGCCGACAUGGCCCUUUGGGAGCGCUACGACGAGACCUUACCGGACGUCCUGCCCAGUGAGCUAUUGGGAUGGCUGUUGUUACGCCGAGCGGGUAUCAGCCAUCAAGCUUCGCUGGCUGUGCAGUCUGCUGCUUCCGGUUCCCUUCGUUUGGACGACAUCGAGAAAGCCCUCCGUGCAAUGGAGGAUGAGAUCCUGCAGCAGGAGCUUCGUCCUCGAGGUGGACUGGGCGCCAGCGGCAAGGGGCAUGGACGGCAUCGCACUUAUUGGGUAGAAGAAGGAGGUGAAUGGUCUAUGUGGCUAGGGGAGAACAACGACCUGGACGAGCUCUUCGAUGGAGGUGAGAUUCACUAUGUGGGCAAGAAACUACCCCCUCAGGUCCAUCCCGAACCUUACGUUGCCCCUGAUUACACCGAGGAGUGGAACUACUAUGGCAGCGGAUGGGAGUUCCAUCCUGAAGACUGGUCUGGAUGGGACUACGACUCCACUUCAUGGUGGUAUGAUGAGUUAUCCGCCGAGCAGCAGCAGGAGUUGGAAGAGGCCUAUGCGGCUGUGGAUCAGAAGGCUCGGAGCUUUGUGGAGGCUCGCCAGGCGGUGAAGGCCAGGAACCUUUCCCGCGGCUUCUACCCGUUUGCCCCGUCGUCGAAAGGUGGUGCCUUUAAGGGAAAGAAGGGCAAAGGAAAGGGCAAGCCGAAGGGCAAGGGCUAUGGAGCCGCAUCUUCAUCUUCGGCUCCACCUGUGCUGGCUGUGUCAGGCUCGUCUGGCUUGAAUGACGACGGGAGCGGCUUCUUGGGCGCAGCCGUGGGCGAUCCAGCCUACACCGGGUGCUUCAUCUGUGGCAGCAAGGCCCAUGACUUUCGCCAUUGCCCCAAGCGCCAGAACAAGGGUGGUGGCAAAGGGUCCGUGCACUUCGCCUCGGAGGUUGGAACUAUUUUCUUCAACGAGGACCUCCAGAGCUCAACGACUUCCCCUUUGCCAUGGCCAUCCUCUCCAAUCUAUGCCAUUCAGGAGGACGGGGCCGAGGGCGAGAUCUUUUCCCAGGACCCCUCUGAGGACUUGUCGGGCUACGCUGUGCUCGACUCGGGGGCUACCGAGACGGUGGCCUCGUUGCCUGCUUUGGAGGCUCUGAUGAAAGUUCGUCAGGGUUCUGGUGGCACAGUUUCCUCAGAUGGGUUUCAGGUUCUGGACCAGCCCCCGAAGAAAUUCAAGUUUGGGAAUGGAGAGUUUGCUGUGUCAUCAUCGUUCUUGUUGCUUCCUCAGCAGAUAGGCGAACAUCACGUGGAUCUUGGAGUCUACACGUUGGAUGUGGUUGGCGUUCCGGUGCUUAUAGGCAUUAAGACUAUGAUGCGUCUCCAUGCGGUUGUGGACUUUGCUCAUUGCCGUGCUGUGUUUGCUGCGGUCGAUGCAGGACUGGUUGUUCCCCUGAGGCCAUCGUUUGGACGCAAGGACCGUCCAACCUGGACUGCCUCUCGUCAUGAUUUGACGCGGCUAGGAUCGGAGACUGCGGUAGGUUCUCAAGAUGCCUGUGUAUGCCAGCCUGAUCCUCCUGUAGAAGACCCACCUUGUGAGCUGGGCUCGUCAGCCUUCAUGGCCAAGUCCUCUGCGGCGGGCAAAUCCAAGACGUCCAAGAAGGCCGCCGAUCCCCUCGACGAGGAACGUACCGAGGGACCCGACUUGAGGGACCCGCGGGUGAAAGGUGGACCUUGCUUCGGGAACCACAAGGUGGCCAAGGCCUACAAGGGGAGCGUGUCCGGCAGCAACCAGUACGCGAGCUGGACCGGAUGCGAAGUCUGCAAGAUCAGACUCACGUAUACCCCGCGGAUGGGAUGCCACGGCAUCCAUCGAAAGAGUGCUCCCCUGGCGAAGGAUGUGACCAGCGUCCUUCAAGAUCUUCCUCCCGAGACAGAGGCCUACCCGAGCAACAAGGAGAUCUCGCUGACCGCCGCGGAGAACUCAGCGCUGGCCCGACUGGAACACCUUCGGCGACUUCGCAAGGAUGGAAGCAUCAAGAAUGCCGGGCCUCAUGCUACGCUGGUGGAGCCGGCGAACACCGAGGACCAGGCGAAGACCAAAGACCAAUCCAGCAAGAACACCGGGGACCACGCGAAGACCAGAGACCAAUCCAGCAAGAACACCGGGGACCACGUGAAUUUGCCAGUAGACCAGCAGUCGACAGCGUCCAGUCCCAUGUCACCGGGCACGAUUGUGGUGGAUCCAGAAGAACUACCCAGGCACCCUGGUCGGAAGGACCAGGGUGACGAGCGUGCCAACUUUGUGUCCCUGCUGAACACUUCGGAGGUCGAGGCCUUCGCCGACUACCUGACUGCCCAGAAGGCCUUCGAUUACCAGUCGAUGGAGGAGCUCCUUGGGAUGAUGAAGCCGAGGACCUUCACCCCCGGCAGGGCGGCGUCCAUUCAAGGACGAAAGGCUGGAUUUUCCAUGGUGUUCGGACUCUACGCGCACGGCUCAUACUAUGGUACCACUCGAGCUUCACGGAUGUAUCCCUCAACGUGCCGUUACUUCAACUCCUGCCUCAGGAACAUCCAGUCCGAGACGGUGACCCAAUGGACAUCGGUGAGCGUGCUUGUGAAUAUGAAGGGCUCGAUGCACUUGGAUGCCCACAACGACUCGUCGUCCUACAAUUUGGCCGUGGGACUGGGCCCUUACCAGGGAGGAGAGCUUUGGGUGGAACUCCGUGAUGGCGAUCCUUCCAAACCAGAUCUUUCGCUCUCCUGGCGAGAACUUCCUGGCGGCCGACGCGCUCCUGGACAAGUGCAUCCUACGCGGUGGUGCCCAACGACCUUCUCUCCGAAGCGCUACCACAAGACCCUUCCAUGGACCGGCACGAGAUUCUCGGUGAUUGCCUAUACCGCUCGCAGUUGGCCAGAAGCUCAGAAAGACUCUGAGGUACUUCAUCUACUACGACAACUUCAAUUUCCUCUCCCGAGACCUACCCGAAGUUGUGGAAGGGGCGAGGACCUUGUGAACUACGAAGAUGAGGUCAAUGGUGAUGAAGACUUCGAGGAUAUCCUCGAGGAGGAGCCGCUCACCCUGGAGGACCGCUCCGACAUCCUGGCCACCUACCAAGAGUUCGAGGGUGCUCUGAUGGACAUUUUCCUUGAGUAUCCCAAUGAGAAGACUACUAAGGUGGUUAAUUUGUGCACUCCGUGGCUGGAUCCUUUGGCCAUGGACCAAGUGCUCCAGGAGAAGGACUGGAACUAUCAAGGACUUUCCCACCACGAGGGAUGUGACUUGUCUACUCAUUCGGGUUACCAAGCAGCCCGAGAGCAGAUCAGCCACCUGCAGCCUGAGUGGUUGUGGUGCCAUAUCCCUCGCGGUCCUCUACAACUGUUUGCUACCGAGCAAGGAUGGGAUGAUCCUCGACGGGCUGUUAAGGCCAAGCGGUACCUGAAAACUUUGAGGCACGCUCUUCUACUUUCUCGAGAUCAUGUGAUGAAGGGCGGGAAGCUGGCUUGGCUGAUCCCCGCUGACAGCCUGGCUCCAUCAGUCCGGGAGCAACGAUUUUGGAGCUGUUAUGGUCGAGGCUCCUCCCUCCAUGUGAACUCGAAAAGUCAAGUGUUAUCCAACGUUGUGGAGGUGGCUGACCUCCGACCUGGGGACUCCCCAAGCAAGUUCUGGACUUCAAUGACUACAAUCUCCGAUGUGGUGACGGCUUGGCUGUUGGACUCAACGGAGGACACCGUUUUUCCCGUGGACACCAGCUGCCUCAACACCCUCACCUCCUCCGAGCUGGAGCGACUGAUGCAACAUGUUCGUCAACUACAUCGGCGCUUUGGACACCCGUCCAACCGCCUCUUGGUCAAGAACCUCCUUCACCGCAAUGCUGACGAGAAGGUGGUGGCAGCGGCGUCCCAGCUGGAGUGUGAUGAAUGUUUGGAGUCCCAGAUUAAGAUGCCUUCGCCAGCCGUGAACUUGGAUAAGUGUGAAAAGCUUUGGUCGUGUUUGCAAGUGGAUGGGUUCCAUUUGCGUUGUGGAGCCACCAUCUACCAUUUCCUCCUCAUGGUGGACGAGGCCAGCGGCUUUGCGGUUGUGAGGGAGAUGUUCUCUCACCCUGAGGAGGACCACCAAAAUAUGUCCGGCCCGGACGUUGUUCAGGUUCUGCAGGAGGCCUGGUUUCAGUACUUUGGCUACCCCGACACUGUGAAGUUGGACCUGGAAGGUGCCCUCCGUAGCCGUGCCCUUCAUGAGGCCUGUGUGGACAAGGGAAUCGACCUGGUGCCUGCCCCGGCGGAGUACCACGAGAUGAUUGCUGAUGUGGAGAGGGAAAUCGGCUACGUGCGACAGCACCUUGAGCGUUUCCUACGUGGAGGAGCUUUUGAGAGGCCUGGACAGGCAGCUUUGGCUGCUGUGACGGCCCAUAACAGCCUGGCCCGGGUUCACGGGUUUUCUCCUCUGCAAUGGGCUCUGGGCCGAGACAUGUCUUUGGGACACCGAGCUUCUGAAGCCCAAGGCGACCAGAUUUCGGCAACUCGGACGACGAAUUUCAAUAACCAAGGCAAUCUUCGCUUGGAGGCUGAGCAAGCCUUCCUGAAGCAUCGGGCUGACCAGCUUGCCUCCCGUGCCAAGAAUGCUAAGGUCCGAGUGCAGGUGCGGUACUUUCCAGGAGAUAUGGUAUUUUACCGUCGUCACAAAACACCGGCUGACCUGCCGGCGAACUCUUGGGUGGAUCGACCUCGCCUUCGUGGAGCCCGUUGGUAUGGACCGGCGCGGGUCCUUGCUUGUGAGACCAAAACUGAGGAAGGAUAUCGGAAGCCUUCCCAGUACGUUUGGGCCAUUUGCAGUGGAAGGUUGAAGAAGUUCCAUGCUACCCAGCUUCGGCAUGCAUCCCCGAGUGAGCGCCUGACUCACGAGGCGCUGAGGGACAUCACUAUGCCCUGGACUAUGACAUCAUUGACUCGGCUUCUUGAUAAAGGGUCUUAUGAUGAUGAGACCAGAACCCGAGCAGCAAGGAACGUGAUGCUGGGUCGCAAGAAGAGAGGACUUCGGCGGGUUCCAGGUGGUGCUUCCCCUCCUGUACGGCUUCCUGACGACCCACCUGCUCUUCCACCUGAAGAGCAUUCGAUCCCCCCAGGAUCUGAUGAGGAAAUGAUUCCCGACGACGAGAUGAGGAAAGCCCCUCGCCUACGUGAGCCUGAAACGGCGGCCAGUUCCUCUCCACCUGAGGUUGAUGUCGACCGCCUCCUUCACGAUCCUCAAUACAUGCCCUCGUCUCGAAGCUCUGGAUUUCAAGAGCAGCGACGACUACAUGAGCAAGAAGAUCGCCCGUGGCAUGUGCAACAUGGCCAUCUCCUGUACUCUGAUGAGGAGGUUGGGUCAGGCAUCUAUGCUGUUACCUUGGACACGCCGGCGAACGACAAGGAGUGGCGCAAGGUGCUGAAAGACCCUCGAAAAUUCCUGGCGAAGUCGGUUCAAAAGGGGGUGGAAGUCAGCUGGAAUCGCCUUAACGAUGCCCAACGUGUGGCGAUGUCUGAGGCCAAGAAGGCUGAGGUCGACUCCUGGCUGGCAAACCGAGUGGUGAAGGCGGCGCUUCCUCACAUUACGAUGGAGCAAUCUCUUCGCAUGAGGUGGAUCUACACCUUCAAGGCGGCCGAGCCCGGGAAG